AUGGACGUUGCUGCUGCUGCUUCUUUCGCGCUGCAGUGCCUUUUUGUUUUAUCUUAUUUGGGGGAGACAGAGUCGAGCUGCUUAUACAUUCUGCAGCCGCUGCUGCUGCUGCUGCAGCAGCAGCAGCAGCAAGCACAAAAACAUCUAUGCCUUUUGCUCCCAGCGGCGCGACGCAACUGCAGACUCCUCCGCAGCAGCAGCAGCAGCAAAACCAGCAGCAGCAGCAGCAGCAGUAGCAGCAGUAGCUGGUGCUGCAGCAGCAAGAGCAGCAGCAGCAACAGCAAAAGCAGCAGCAGCAAUGCAGUGUAUCUUCCUUGCUGCUGCACCGCAUGGGGUUCUUCCCGAAUCUCAACAGUUUCAUCAGCAGCAGCAGCAGCAGCAGCUGCUGCUGCUGCUGCAUGCGGCCCAGAUGCUGCUGCUGCUGAGGCUUUGCUGCUGCGCUUCCUAGUAGCAGCAGCAGGAGGCCGCCCGCAGCAGCUAGCUGCAGCAUUCGAGCAGCAGCUAGCUGAUACCCUCUUCAGCCCUCUAUGGUAUGCAAAAGCAAAAGCAGCAGAAGCAAAGCGCAGCAAGCGGGGGCCCCCGGGGGGCCCCCCAAAGGGGGGGGCCCCCAGGGGGCCCCCCCUGGGGGGCCCCCCUGGGGGCCCCCCGAGAGAGGGGCCCCCCGAGGGGCCCCCACGGCUGUUAGGGGGCCUCCUAGGGGGCCCCCUCUUCUCCCUCUCUCGAUUGUAUAUGAAGAGACGAAGGCCGAUGCAUGCUGCUGCUGCUGCUGCUGAUUUUACCAGCAGCAGCAGCAGCAGCAGCAGCAGCAGCAGCAGCAGCAGCAGCAGCAGCAGCAGCAGCAGCAGCAAGUGGACGUGCUGCUGCUCAACGGGAAGGGGAGCAGCAACUGCGUGCGGGUUCUGCUGCUGCUGCGAUGCGUUGCAUGCAACAGCAACAAAGCUGCUAUUGGGAGAAGCUGCUGCUGCACCUGCUGCUGCUGCUGGUGCUGCAGCUCCUGCUGCUGCUGCUGCUGCUGCUGCCGCUGCUGCUGGGGAUACAGAAGGGGUAGAAUACCUAUCGAGCGACAGCUCUUCCUGCGACGAGUUCAGCAGCAACAGCAGCAGCAUAACCGCCAGCACCAUCAGCACCAGCAGCAGCAGCAGCAGCAGCAGCAGCAGCAGCAGCAGCAGCAGCAGCAGCAGCAAGCCUGAGUUGAAAUAUCUGCGUGUGUGGCAUUCAUCUAUUUUGUUUUUGCUUCGACACCUAAAAGAGAACCGACUGACGAACGCUCUCGUUAUGCUGCAGGAUGCAGCGCGCAGCUUUGCUGCUACUGAGCUGCUGCACAAAACCACCAGCAGCAGCAGCAGCAGCAGCAGCAGCAGCAGCAGCAGCAGGGAGCAGCAGCAGCAGCAGCAGCAGCAGGAGUGUGAGGACUUGCCUGCUGCUUCACAAGCUUCUCUUUGGCUGCCCUCUCAGGUGGAGGCGGCGCCCUCUCCUCCCCGCAGUUUGCUGCCUCCGCAGCAGCAGCAGCAGCAGCAGCAGCAGCAGCAGCAGCAGCAGCAGCAGCAGCAGGAGCAGCAGCAGCAGCAGCAGCAGCAGGAGGAGAUUGAACUAUCUGUUGCUGCAGUAUCGAGAGGGUACUGGCCGGAGCAGCACGUACCCAUGGAGAGAGACGAGCAGCAGCAGAUAGGGAGGCUCCCCCCCCCUCUUGCUGCUGCCGUCAGCAGCAGCUGCAACGCUUUUGCUGCUGCUGCUGCUCUUUGGGUACUGGAGCCUCGACACCCUCUCUCCAAGGUUAGGCUCAGGGGCCCCCGAGGGGGGCCCCCCGUAUGGGUACCCCUCGCGCAUGCAGCAGUUCUCCUCGUGCUGCAGCAGCAACAGCAGCAGCAGCAGCAGCAGCAAGAGCAGCAGCAAGAACAGCAGCAGCAGCAGCAGUCCUGCAGUGAGUCCAUGCAUGUUGAAGGGGAUCAAGAACAGGAGCAGCAGCAGCAGCAGCAGCAACAGCAGCAGCAGCAGCAGCAGCAGCAGCAGCAGCAGGGUAUGACCUAUAAGGAAAUUGCUGCGGAGCUGUGCUGCUCCGAGGGCCUCGUGCAGCAGUCUAUCAAGCAGCUGCUGCAGCAGCGGUGGGUGCAGCGCAGCAGCAGCAGCAGCAGCAGCAGCAGCAACAGCAGCAGCAGCAGCAGCAGCAGCAGCAUGUUAGUUGAGGGAAACGAUGAGCCUCGAUUUACUCUUUGCUGUGGGUCUUCAUCAGGGGCCCCCGGGGCCCCCGCUGAUGCCCCCCAAUCUGCUGCUGCUGCUGCUGCUGCAGCAGCAGCAGCUACUGAUUCUCCUGCUGCUGCUGCUGCUGCUGCUGCUGCUGAUAAAGAGGAUGACGAUGCGCAGCAGCAGCAGCAGCAGGGGGGCCCCCCCCCUCUCUCUCUAAAAGAGAGAGAUGACGAUGCGUCUCCUCGUGCCGCUCCCUGCAGCUUUGCUAGCGGGGCAGAUAUCUGUCUCUCUUAUAUGCAGGCAGCAGCAGCAGCAGGGGGGCCCCCCCCCUCUCUCCCUAGAAGAGGGGGGUUUGGGGGCCCCCCAGGAGAUGGUGGUGAUGCGGGGGAUAUGUCUGGGUCUGCAGCAGCAGCAGCAACUGCAGCAGCGGCUGCAGCAACAGCAGGUGGCAGUGCAGCAGCAGCAGCAGCAGCAGCUGCUGCUGCUGCUGCUGCUGCUGCUGCACUGCCACCUGCAUGCGAAAACUUUAUUAUAAACUUCCUCAAAGAGAGAGCCGAAAGAAUGACUACUGCAGCAGCAAGGGGGGCCCCCUCUGCUCUUAUUCUGCUGCGCCUCAAGCAGCACUUACAGCAGCAGCAGCAGCAGCAGCAGCAGCAGCAACAGCAGCAGCAGCAGCAGCAUGACCAGUGGUCAGGUGACCUCCGCUCUCUACUUACAGCUCUAGAGGCCCUCGAAGCAAAAGGAAAAAUCAGAAAAAUAUGCGGCAACUGGGAGGCAGCUAACUAA